AUGAAAUUCUGGAGACUGGAAGUAGUGGAAGAAGUGAAGAGGCAGCUAUGGUUAGCAGUGCCUCUCUUCUCUGUUGGAAUUUUACAGUACAUUCUCCAAACCAUCUCUGUCAUGUUUGUUGGCCAUCUUGGGACACUCCCUCUUUCUGGUGCUUCCAUGGCCACUUCCUUUGCAUCAGUUACUGGCUUCAACUUACUGAUGGGUUUGGCGACUGCAUUGGACACAUUUUGUGGUCAAUCAAAUGGGGCAGGACAGUACCAUAUGCUUGGGAUACACAUGCAACGAUCAAUGGUUGUUGUUUUAAUAAUGAGUGUGUUCCUAGCCAUAAUAUGGGCAAACACAGAACCAAUUCUUAAAGCUAUGCACCAAGACAAAGCCAUAUCCAAGGAAGCUGGCUCAUAUGCCCGUUUCAUGAUCCCAAGUUUAUUUGCAUACGGUCUUCUUCAGUGCAUUCUCAAGUUCUUGCAAACCCAAAACAUUGUGUUCCCAAUGGUGCUAACCUCUGGAAUUGCAGCUUUGCUUCAUGUUCUUUUGUGUUGGGUUUUGGUUUUCAAAUCAAGGCUUGGAAGCAGAGGGGCAGCCUUAUCCAAUUCAAUAUCUUACUGGGUGAAUGUGAUCUUGAUUUCUAUUUAUGUGAAGUUCUCUUCUUCUUGCAAACAAUCAUGGACAGGAUUUUCAAGUAGGGCCUUGCACAACCUAUUUGACUUCCUUAAACUGGCUAUUCCUUCAGCUCUUAUGCUGUGCUUGAAAGUCUGGACAUUUGAAUUGAUGGUCCUCUUGUCUGGUCUUCUUCCUAACCCAGUGUUAGAAACUUCUGUGCUCUCAAUAUGCCUUAAUACAUUUGGUUUAGCAUGGAUGAUCCCUUUUGGAUUCAGUGCUGCUGUAAGCAUUAGAGUCUCCAAUGAACUAGGGGCUGGAAAUUCACAAGCUGCAAGUCUAGCAGUUGGGGUGGUGCUAUCCAUAGCCUUCAUUGAAGGGAUGCUUUUAGUUUCAACGAUGAUAGUACUGCGAAAUGUCUGGGGACAUGUUUAUAGUGAUGACAAACAAGUAAUCAGAUAUGUGUCAGUAAUGAUGCCAAUUUUGGCCAUUUCCAGCUUCCUAGAUGGGAUCCAAAGUGCACUUUCAGGAAUUCUUGCAGGAUGUGGAUGGCAGAAGAUUGGUGCCUAUGUGAAUCUUGGUUCAUUUUAUCUUGUGGGUGUUCCUUGUGCUGCUGUAUUAGCAUUUCUUCUACACAUGAAAGCCAAGGGGUUAUGGUUGGGAAUCAUUUCUGCAUUUAUUAUACAAGUUUCAUUUUACAUUAUCAUUACUUUUCGAACUAACUGGGAAGAAGAAGCAAGGAAAGCUCAAAGCAGAGUUGAACGCUCAACCAUGUCGCCAACUACUAGAGACAACAUGUUACCAAAUCAAAAAGUGGAACUAAUUCCUUAA